GAUAACCAACAUGACAGGGGCAGCGAAACCUUCAAUAAAAAGAGUUGUGUCAACAAUUGUUAAAAAAAAACUUCACAAAAAGAAACGAAAAUCUAAGAAUUCGGCAAACGGAUUUGCUCAAAAUAUAGCUCCAGUGUGCGGACUAUUCGUUUUUGUUGGUUUGGUUGGAUAUAGAAAUUAUCUUUUGUCAAUGCAUGACUCGGAAGUCGUCAUGUUGCAUCAUUUCCGGAGGCAACUUCCUGAAGAAAUGCCAGAACGCAUCGAAACACCAGAAAUACCGGCAAGAUUAAGAGGGAUGUACGAAAUGAAAAUCAAAAACGGCCUGGCUGCAGAUACAAUGAAUAGUGAUGAUACGAAUGCCGACCUCCAGAAGUACAAAUAUUUGACAAAUGCAAAAAUAACAAAAAAAAGUCCAGGACUUGCAAAAAUAGAAAUUUACAGUCCUUCAGAAAAAGACAAGAAACUGGCAAAAAUGCAGAUGAAGAGAAGAUAUGAAGACAGAAAGAAAUUAUUAUUGGAGAAAUGUGGCAACAAUCAAACAAACACGUGGAAUGAAACGAUGCAACUGAUCGCUGUUCCAGAAAGAAACUUUACAGUAUGUGUUGUUCAAAAAGCUGGAAGCACAAGCUGGCACAAGCUGGUAUAUAAGCUUCGCAUGAAUGGGAAUCCUUGGGAGAAAGCUGGUCACACAUUAAAUAAAAUUGCAGCUGAUGAAUUACCACAAAGAACAAAACAUCAUUUGAUGAGAUCUCGUUUUGUGACAAGAAUUAUCACUGUUCGGCAUCCAUUCUCACGACUUAUAUCAGGGUGGCACAAUAAAUUUCAUAAAGAUUUUCCUAUGCGUGAUGUAUUUUUGACAAAAGUUGGUGAUUAUGCAGGACGACACAUUCCUGAGAAAGACCACGUCCUCGCUUUUCAAGACCUGGCACAAUAUUUGGCAGAUAAUGGUCUCGAUGACGUGGAUGUACAUUUCAAAUCCAUAGAACAACUUUGUAGUCCAUGUCAGUUUCCUUAUAGCCACAUCGUGCGAGCGGAAACCGUAUUAGAAGACUUAUGGUACGUACUUGAUCGAGUAAAUACUACGAUGGAAGGAUUCAAUAAACAUUCAGUUACUGCGAAAUCACAAGAAUCAGACGAGAAGCCACCGGAAAGAGAGUUAACUCCGUGGGAAAAAGAACGGGAUACCAUUAAGCAAUUUUUUGAAAAUAUUCCCAAAGAAACAACAGCGAAACUUAUGUCACUAUACCGUGACGAUUUUGAAAAGUUUGGAUAUACAUAUGACCUUGACACACACGUAAUUGGGGAUAUUAUCGACUGAUAAGUGCAACCGAAAACGUCGGAGAAAUUACGCGGAAAAUGUAAAUUAAACCUUGCAUUUAUCGAAGGUAAAGACAGAUGUGGCGCUGAAAUAUCGUUCGUGAAAACAUGUUCACACGGUGAGAAAAUAGAAAGCAAUUAUGCCAUUAACAACAAAAUAUGCAUGAAACAACAAAAGUGUGACAAUAGACAGAUUUGAAAAUGUGAACGAGCAUGCGGAUGACACAUAAAGCUAAGCGACGGAAAAGCAGUUGAUCAGCUUCAACAAUGAACAUUAUCAAGCUUUACAAUCAGCUGACAACUUAGGCGAAAAUAGGAUAUCAGACGUUUGUACACGUCAGAGAAACGGACAUCGGUCUAAUUUCAAUAAAAAUUAUGAUAAUAUGUUUUUAAAGUUUACUAAUUGGAAAUAAUAAACACUUAAUUCAAAUUGA